CAGGUGCACCUGCAGGAUGCAAACCUUGGUCCAUUUGUGCGCUCUUCUCUCGCUUCUCUUCUCUGUCCAUGCAGAUGUCGUUGAACGUUUUGAGGACGUUCCAGAAUGUAUGAGGUACUUCUAUAAAGAGAAGGUGCCAGAGUGGGGCGCGUCUACAGCCGGUGCUGCCCAUCUCUGUCAGCGCUUCAUCAACAGGUACCACUUUGCCACACUGUAUGACACCAACCAUCGUAUUGCUGUCUAUUCUGCCUAUCAUUUCCAGCCCAGCAAUGGGGGUGGCAGGGAGAAAAGGUGGUUUGUAGAGCCUCAGCUGGUAAGAAUGUCUUGGCAAGCAGAGAUGAAGGAUGGGUACUGGCUGGAGAAAGACCACCCUGGGGUCUACCAAGGAGAGAAACAGGCUCUGAAUGAGGACUAUACACACUCCGGCUUCGACCGUGGUCACCUCAACCCCAACGGACACCAUGCAGUCCCCAGCCGCAAUGCCACUUUCACCCUGACAAAUGUGGUUCCUCAGAACCCCAAGCUGAACCAGAAUGCCUGGAGAAUCCACGAGUCCCAGCUCACUGACCUUUUCCGGGACAAGUGCUCUAAGGCCUAUGUGCUGGUUGGUGCCAUUCCCUCUGCAGACAAUUGGAUUGUGAAAAACAAUGUGAAGCGUGUCAACAUCCCAGACUACCUGUGGACUGCCUACUGCUGUGUGGACAACAAUGACAGACCCAUUCAGAGUGGUGCUGCAACAGCGAGGAACACAGAGGACAACUGGGUGGAGAAGCUCUCUCUGGAUGAACUGGGAGAAUUCCUCCAGCAGUUCUCCAAAGAGACAGUAGGGGAGCUGUUUUACAACAACUGCAGGGCAUAAAGGAUGACAAAGGGACGAUGAAACAA